AUGUCGAACGCUCAGCCCAACGCGACGCUCUACGUCCACAACCUGAACGACAAGGUCAACAAGGAGGAGCUGCGCUCGCAACUUUUCGCCCUGUUCACGACCUAUGGCCGCGUCAUCGAUGUCGUUGCAGCAAAGGGCCCCAAGAUGCGCGGGCAAGCGUUCCUCGUGUUCGCCGACCUGACGGGAGCGACCGCGGCGAUGCGGGCCUGCGAAGGUAUCGUGUUUUAUGACAAGCCGAUGCGGGUAGAGUACGCAAAGACCAAGUCCUACGCGACCCUGCAGAGAGAAGACCCGAACUUCGUACCGCCAAUGUCGGUGCAUACGAAGAACGCGAACGCACAAGCGGCGUCCAGCGAAAAGCGGCAGAGGGAUGACAGGAUGGACGAGGAUGAGCGGGCGCUGAAGAGGGAGAGAGCGGCAGACGAUGACGACGACGAUGAAGAGAUGGAGAUCGAGGAUGAUGAUGAUGGUGCGAAGGAAACGUCGACAGGUGGGGCAAUGCCUGCGAUCGUCCAGUCUCAGUCAGCAAGACUGCUGUGCACAAACCUGCCCCAAGAGGUCACAGACGACGUGCUCGCCGUCCUUUUCCAACAAUAUCAGGGAUUCCAAUCAACUCAUGUGGCACAGUCACCGACACCAAAUACGGCCGGACAGAACGUAAAAAUGGCCCAAGUCAUAUUCGAUUCGCCAGAAUUAGCAUCUGCUGCAAAAGAAGCACUGGAUGGCUUCACGCUAAAGAAAGGAUGGGUGAUGUCUGUGGCGUAUAUCUGA